UAUAUAACAAAUAAUUUGAGGAUGAAAGUUAAGCGUUUGAAGCACUCUAAGCGAGUUCUGUCUUUCUACGAGAAGAACUUCUCCUUUAGAAAACCCUACAACGUGCUUGUAGACGGUACAUUCUGCCAGGCGGCGCUGAAAGGCAAGGUAGACAUUCUCCUGCAAGUGGGCAAGUACCUGGGAGGUGAGAUUAAUGUGGCUACUACCCACUGUGUGCUUAGAGAGUGCUUUCAGCUUGGACCUACUCUGUCAGGAGCACACAAGAUCCUGAAGAAGUUUAAGCGGCACAAGUGUGGUCACGAGAACGCAGCACUGGAUGCAGCCUCAUGUAUGUCUGCCAUGGUGGGAGGAGGGAAUGUGGAGCACUACAUAAUAGCUACUCAGGAUACAGAACUUAGGAAACAGCUCCGAGCUAUUACUGGAAUCCCGUUACUGUACCUCUCAGCCUGCACCCUGUUCCUUGAGUCUCCCUCAUAUGAGUCACGUGACAUUGCGAGGAGAGUUUCCUCAAACAGGACCUACUCACUGACUACGAGAAGGAAACUCUGAAGAAACUGACGGGUAUCGACCCGGAAGAAAAAACAGUGAACAGAAAGAGAAAGCGUCCGAAAGGACCAAACCCACUGUCAUGCAAGAAGAAGAAAGUCGAAGAGGGAGCGAAGAAUAAAAAGAAGAAAAAGAAGAAAACUGAGACUAGCAAGGAGACUAAGCUAACAUUAUCUAGUGAACCUCAUCAGGAGACUGUUAUAACUGCUUCAGUACCUGUUCAAGCCGUGUAAUGAAUCCUGAAGAUGAUAAUUUUUAUUUGAAGUGUGGGUUUUUUUUUCAAGAUUGGUCAAAUUAAUUUAUAUCUUUGACGACAGUUUUAACUUUUAACAGUGAAAACGUUUGACUUUUAUUCGCUGUUAAAACUUAGAUUUCUAAUUUAUUAACUCUGUAGUAGGUUUUUUGACGUUUUUACUUCGUUUGUUGGUAUUUAAGUUUAACUUAUUUAACUGUUUAUUAAAA